ACUCCCGCGUCCCGCUGAGCGCAGAGGAAACCCUCAGAUCCUCGGGGUCUACGCGCUGCUCAGAGACCAGGUCCCCAGGACAGGCGCUCCUAAGGUCCCGUAGCAAACAUCAAAUACAACUCAGCCGCUGCAGACCAGCAGAUACCAGGCAUGAACCAGCAGCUACAGAGCAGUCCUUUCUGCAGGAAGACACCAGGCACCAACCAGCAGCUGUAGGUCAAUCCUGAAGAAACCGCUAGGCUUUCUAACCGGCCCAAGGCAAGGCUGCAGAAGCAGCAAGCUGCCGCAGGAACCUCAUGAGCAGUUCUCAGCUACCCUCUAAGCCUUUACUCGCGCUACAUCUGCAGUUGCCCAGAGCUUGCUGUGCACAGACAAAGACUGGAAAGAUGGCUCAGAGGGUGAGGUGCCCGCUGAGAUGCAUGAGGACCUGAGUUCAGAACUCCAGUACCCAUGUUAAAAAUCCAGGGACCAGUGUUGUUCGAAGAUGUGUCUGUGGCCUUCACUCAGAAGGAGUGGCAGUUGCUGGAUGAUGCCCAGAGGCACCUGUACAGGGAGGUGAUGCUGGAGACCUACAGGCACCUAGGAGCAGUGGGGCACAAUGUAACCAAACCUGAGCUGAUAUGCAAGCUGGAACAAGGAGAAGGUCCUUGGGAACCAUCAAGCCACAGCCUCUCAGAAGUCCAGAGGGCCGAUACCACGACAACAAAUGAAGAAAACGGAGGCAGAUAUUUGAGUCAAAUCUUUAUCAGUGAUGAAACACUGACUAAGAGAAGAAGCAAGGAUCUAAAAGAAAUCGUUCAUCUGGCCACAGACCCAGAGGCCUCAAGAGCAAUUCGUCAGAAGUGUUGCUCAAUGGAAGCAAGCUUGGAAAAGAUCACAGGAUUAGUUACUGGCAACAGAAACCACAGGACAAAAAAGUUGGAUGGUUUAGGUGGCUCCAGGUCCCCUGAUGAAAGAUCUCAUAUAGGAUGCAAAAACUGCGAACGUGACCCAAAGAAAAAAUCCCACAGUCCUAUGGAGGGCCCUACGCAACAGCGGAAGACAUCGCGUUUGGAGCAACUUCGUGAAUAUCAAAAUUGUGGGAAGACCUCACACACAAAGGCAGCCUCUGUCAUACACCAGACAGUUCACACAGGACAGGAGCCCUCUCAGGAUAGCAAAUACACACAAGCCACUGCCCACAAGAUAAGGUUCCAGUCUUUUCUAAGAACCCCAAGGGAGAGGAAGAAGCAAGAGGCUAGCCAACAUGGAAAACCACUGUGUGCGAAGUCAAAGCAUGAACCUGCAGGAACUCCUGUAAGGGAGAAACUCUGUGGGCGUGGCAUGCUUGAGAAACCCUUUCAUGAGAAAUCGGAUCUUUGCAGAGGUCAGAGAAGGCAGCCAGGAGAGCCUGAAUGUAGUGUCAGUGAGAACGCCAUAAGCAGCUCACCGCACCUCCAAAACGAGGAACUUCAUGUGGGAGAGAAAAUCUGUGCCCAUGGGAACUGUGGGGGAACCCUUCCUGGAAAGCCACGCCUUUCUCAGAACCGGAGAACUUGCACAGCAGAAAAACCCAAGCGUGCAGACAGACAAACAGCCUUAAAGACCUCACAUCCGAUCCUACAUCCGAGACUCAGCACAAGGGAGAAAACCCCCAAAGGGGACGAGUGUGGGAGGUCUCCGCUCCUCUCCCACAAGGAAUUGAGAUGCAGUCAACACGGGAGACCGUCCUUGGAGGAGAAACCCGAGUGUGAAGGAAAUGAGAAGUCGGACCAUAGUGAAAACCAGAGCCUUUGCAAAGAACAGAAAGCCCACAAGGGCCGCAAGUGUAAGGAAGGCUGCACCAAGACUGCAAGCCUUCCUCAACACCAGAGCUCACACACAGAGAAAAAACCCUACGCAUGCAAUGAAUGCAACAAGUCAUUCCUGGUGAAGUCAAACCUCACCGAACACCAGAGAACUCACACGGGAGAGAAACCCUAUGAAUGUAAAGAGUGUGGAAAGUCAUUUUGCCAAAAAUACGCCCUCACGGUACACCAGAGAACUCACACGGGAGAGAAACCAUACAAGUGCAACGAAUGUGGGAAAACCUUCUGCGUGAAAUCCAAUCUUACCCAACACCAAAGGAUUCACACGGGGGAGAAGCCGUACAAGUGCAGCGAAUGCUGGAGGUCGUUCUGUGUCAAGUCCAACCUCGUCGUGCACCAGAGGACUCACACUGGAGAGAAGCCCUACAGAUGUCUCGAGUGUGGGAAGACCUUCUAUGAGAAAUCUGCCCUCACGAAACAUAGGCGGAUUCACACAGGGGAAAAACCUUACGAAUGCGAGGAAUGCAAAAAAAGUUUCAGCCAGAGGUCGGCCCUUACCAAGCACCAAAGAAAAACGCACAAGAAGAAAACACCCACCGGCAGCCUGCACGGGCAGAAAUCUGAACCAACCAGCGAAGCCCACUGA